AUGGUGUUCCUCUCCAAGAACAUGGUCUAUGUUGAGUGCCUUCAGAUGGAUGGUGUUUUACAGAGAAGAAAUCUAGUAUAUUGUGCAUCUACAAGUGCUGGGAAAAGUCUUGUCGCUGAAAUUUUAAUGUUGCGGCGGGUCAUAUCAGCUGGAAAAGUAGCACUACUUGUGCUUCCUUAUGUAUCAAUCUGUACAGAAAAGGCAGAACAUCUGGAGGUUCUUCUUGAACCACUUGGAAAACAUGUUUUUAGUUAUUAUGGUAACCAAGGUGGUAGAACACUUUCUAAGGAUGCUUCUGUCGUAGUUUGCACAAUAGAGAAGGCAAACUCUUUGAUAAACAGAUUGCUUGAAGAGGGUCGCCUCUUUGAAAUUGGAAUUAUUGUGACAGAUGAACUACACCUGGUUGGUGAUCCCAGAAGGGGUUAUCUUUUGGAACUUAUCUUGACAAAGCUUCGCUAUGCAGCUGGUGAAGGCAAUUUAGAGUCAAGCAAUGGUAAGGCUGACCCUGCUCAUGGUCUGCAAAUUGUUGGAAUGGGUGCUACCGUGCCAAAUGUGGCAGCAGUUGCUAAUUGGCUUCAAGCAGCAUUAUACCAUACAGAUUUUCGACCAGUUCCAUUAGAAGAAUAUAUUAAAGUUGGUAACACUAUUUAUAACAAAAAAAAGGACAUUGUGAGAACAAUCCCUAAACAAUAUGAUCUUUGUGGUAAAGAUCCAGAUCAUAUUGUCGAACUAUGUAAUGAGGUUGUUCAAGAGGGUCAUUCAGUGUUGAUAUUUUGCUCUAGCCGAAAUGGAUGUGAAUCAACUGCAAAGCAUGUUUCAAAGUUCCUCAAAAGAUUUUCUGUUAAUGUUCAUAAUGAUGAAAGUGAGUUCGUUGAUAUUACUUCAGCUAUUGACGCCUUGCGAAGGUGUCCUGCUGGACUGGAUCCUAUAUUAGAAGAAACUGUGCCUUCUGGUGUUGCCUAUCACCAUGCUGGCCUCACGGUUGAGGAAAGAGAGAUUGUUGAAACCUGCUAUCGCAAGGGCCUUUUACGUGUCUUAACUGCUACAUCUACCUUAGCCGCUGGGGUUAACCUGCCAGCUAGGAGGGUUAUUUUUCGACAACCCAGGAUCGGUUGUGAUUUUAUUGAUGGAACAAGGUACAGACAGAUGGCUGGUCGGGCUGGUUGGACUGGAAUAGAUACACAGGGGGAAAGUGUAUUAACUUGCAAACCGGACGAGAUCAAUAGAAUUAUGGGCCUUCUUAAUGAAAGCUGUCCACCUUUGCAUUCUUGUCUAUCUGAAGAUAUUAAUGGAAUGACUCAUGCUAUUUUAGAUGUUGUGGCCUGUGGAAUUGUCCAAACAGCUCGAGAUAUUCUUCGAUAUGUUAGGUGUACUCUUUUGAAUUCCACCAAACCAUUUGAAUAUGUGGAGAAAUCAGCCCAGAAAUCUCUUGAAUGGUUGUGCCACAGAAAAUUUCUCGAAUGGAAUGAAGAUACUGAGUUAUACAGUAUCACACCAUUUGGACGUGCAGCUUUUGGCAGUUCUCUCAGCCCAGAAGAAUCACUUAUUGUUUUGGAUGAUCUUUCAAGGGCAAGAGAAGGAUUGGUUCUUGCAUCUGAUUUGCAUUUAGUUUACCUAGUAACACCAAUUAGCAUUGAUGUUGAGCCAGAUUGGCGACUGUACUUAAAAAGGUUCAUGGACUUACCUGCUAUUGACCAGUCAGUUGGCAACCGAGUUGGAGUAGUAGAAUCGUUUCUGAUGAGGAAGGCAUAUGGAGCAUCUAUGUGCAAUGAUCAAACACUUCGAGUGUGUAAACGUUUCUAUGUUGCACUCAUCUUAUCAAGACUAGUGCAGGAAGUUCCUGUGGCUGAGGUUUGUGAAGCUUUUGAAGUGGCUAGAGGAGUGGUUCAAGCCUUGCAAGAGAAGGCCGGAAGGUUUGCAUCUAUGGUUUCUGUGUUCUGUGAAAGGCUUGGAUGGCAUGAUCUCGAAGGUUUAGUUGCCAAAUUCCAAAAUCGCGUUUCAUUCGGAGUGAGAGCAGAAAUUGUAGAACUUACUACCAUUCCAUAUGUUAAGGGUUCUAGAGCAAGAGCACUCUACAAAGCUGGCUUGCGUACACCUCUCGCAAUUGCAGAAGCUUCCGUUCCUGAAAUUGGCAAAGCUCUUUUUGAAUCUUCUUCAUGGGCUGGACAAGAAGGUUCAGCACAAACACGCGUACAACUUGGAGAGGCCAAGAAGAUAAAGAGUGGUGCACGCAAAAUUGUUCUCGAUAAAGCUGAAGAAGCAAGGAUUGUUGCCUUCUCAGCUUUUAAAUCACUUGGAUUCGAUUUUCCACACUUUUCUCAACCCAUACUUUCAACUGUCACAGAAGAUAUGAAUGCUACUGUAACCAGUAGUGCUGAGCUGCAUGCUACUGUUGCUAAUGCCAAAAGUGCAGAUAUGACUUGCGCUAUUCAGUUACAAAGACCUGGUGACGGAAUUGAGUAUCUUGAUCGUGGAGUGCAGGAACCACACAACAGGCAAAAUUUGUGUGUUGGCAAUAAGGAAAGUGCUUGUGCGAAAGGCCCAAUAGAUGACUCACCUGAAGGAAUGAACAAGGAUGCAAGUAGACUUCACCUACCCAGGCCAAAGAGAAAGCUUGUUUCUCCCUCGAAGAAGCACGAGGUUACAAAGUUCGCCAGAAGGCGACAGACAAAGAGAUGGAGUUCAUUGGAGGAAGACAGUUUGAGGACUGCUGUGCAGGAGUAUGGUAAAGGAAAUUGGAAGCUUAUCUUGAAUUCCUACCGUGAUAUUUUUGAAGAGAGGACGGAGGUUGAUCUAAAGGACAAGUGGAGAAACAUGUCACGGAACUGACACCUCAAAACAGCCUGCACCUUUUUUGUAUUUUGCUCCAAAGCUGUAUAUAUAUUGGAAGUUUUUUUGGUUCAUCCCUUAACCCUCCAUGUUAAUACCCAAACAUGGAUUAUACAACAUCCAGGAAUUCCCCCACUUGGCAGUGUUACUUUUUGCAUUUUGCUUUAGGGAGGUA